CCUUAGAACCAGUUCACGGGUACCGCGUGGCUGCUUGUGUUCCAGCCGUGUGGCCACAUCCCUGCCACAAGGGUAAAAGGGAGCUAGACCAUGAAAGAACAUGCCAGGGUUCAUCUGGCACCCCAGCCAGCGCCUCGGUCUCCUCGAAGCUCUCCCAGAGCCUCAAGCAAGACACUAAAAUGUAGGUACAAUGCCUGGAGCUCAAGCAGCCACCUUGGAGCAUGAAGUGGAUCGGUGUAUCAAUGGCCUACUGUGGUCCUGUCCCCGCCCAGUCCAGGGGACCUAGUUGGGGAGGCUGGAGGACCUGGCUCUGUGUGGAAUUCUGAGAGGCAUCCCCAGGAAGGUCCCACAAGCCAGACAUGAGGCGGGCAUUGAAACCUCCCUGAGCCAACUUGGAACGGAAGGGUGGGGUCCAGAACCACAAAUGGGAAGUUUCUUUUGGUGUCUGGUCCCUGAGGACUCCUCAGCUGUGGCAAUGAGGAAGUGGAACAGGCUGGGACAUAAGACAGUGAAGACACAGCAGAAAGGACGCUGCCCUGCUGGGGAGUCCAACAGCCAAGGGCAGAGGCUGAGCUGGCCUGGCAAAGGAAAGAGAUGUGGACGGGAGGACUCAUGUGAGCAGCCCUGCCCCUGCACAGGACAUACCAUUGCCUGUGUCCCUGUCUCAAGGGGGACACUGAUACGUAGGGCCUGCCCCAUGCUCCAAGGUGGCUGUCAUGCCUACACGCCAGCCUCUGGAAAGGGGAGGGGAAGGAAAUUGCUUAAGGGAACGUCUUCCCUCGUGGGCAGACUUGAGACGAUGGGCACGGGGAUGUGUCCCAUGCACACUAUAACCCACGCCCCAGGUCAUUUGUUUGGUCAGUUAUCUGUUCUUUUUGUUGAGACAAUACUUCAUGUAGCCCAGGUUGGCCUCCAUCACCUAAACUCCAGAUCCCCUGUCUCUGCUUUCUGAGUGCUGGAAAGGCAGAGAUGUACCACCCCACCCCCCACCCCGUGUCAGGCAGGGCAUAGCUUUUUCCCACACUGCCUUGGUCUCCCCUGGGGCGGUCCCCACUGUCCCCCACAGAAACCCCCAGUCUUGGUCUGGCCUGUCCCCAGGGGACAGGAGGAGUCAGGUGCAGACAGGAGGGGUCGGGGUUUUACCAAACAGCAGUACCCUCCUGGAACUUGGGCCACUUGACUACUACCCCGAACCCUGAGCAGAGGGACCCAGGGAGGCUCUGCACAGUGACAGGAUGGGGGCGCGGCCCUCCAGCCCCUUGGACAAACGGCAGCAGCAGCAGCUGAGGGGUCAGGUGGACAGCCUGCUGAGGGCAUUCUUGCCAUGUUACCGAAGGCAGCUGGCGGCAGCCGUCCUGAGGCAGAUCUCCAGGGAGCUGGGACCCCAGGAGCCAGCAGGAUGCCAGCUGUCCCACACCAAAAAGCUGCCCCGAGUCCGGGAGCACCAAGGACCCUUGACCCUGCUGCGGGGCCACCCGCCACAGUGGCAACCCACCUUCUGUGUUCUGCGUGGGGAUGGACGUCUGGAAUGGUUCAGCCAAAAGGAGGAGUAUGAGUCUGGGGGCCCUCCCCUGGGCUCCGCAGCCCUGACUGGGUACAUACUGCUCACUUCCCAGCGUGAAUACCUCUGCCUUUUGGAUGACCUCUGCCCAAGUUCCUCUGGAGAUCUCGCCCAGGAGGAGCCUCUGAGGGUGCUGGAGGAACCGGUGAGCUUUGCGCUCUUCCUUGUGCACCCGUUCCGGGCUCACCUCUGCUUCUGCGCCCGCACACGGGGGGCGCAGCGCGCCUGGAGGCUCAACCUGCAGGGUGCCAUCCGUCUGAGAGCCACCGGUGCGUGGGAGCAGAGCAGGGCGCGGGUGGGAGGCUGGAGGACGACGGGCAUGGUGACUGGUGGAGAAAACUCCAGGUCCACAUUUCCCUCAGUUGAGAUCCGGGACGCUCUGGAGGCGUGCCUGUGCCGCAUGGUGGACCCGCAACUGUCCCAGCUGACCCUCGCGCUGCUGAGCCCCGUGGAAGCCAUGCUCGGAGCUGUUCGGACCCUCCUCAUCCGGGGCAUGGACCGGCUGUCUCACCACCUGCGAAAGAACCCUUCAGGCACUCGGCUGCGCAGGGAGGUUUAUGAAUUUGGGGAAAUACCUUGGGAUCCAGAGCUGAUGCAAAUCUGCUAUCGGGAGGCAGAGAGAAACCGCAACCACCUGGCCCAGCUGGCAGAACCCUUUGGCUUCCUGGGAAUGCGGAGCCUGGUGUUUGGGGUCCAAGAUGUCGCACAACAGCUCAUGGCAGAUGCAGUCACCACCUUCCUGCAGCUGGCGGACCAGUGUCUGACAUCAACUCUGGACUGUGGCCAGGCAGCUGAGCAGCUGGAGAAAGUCAGGGGCCUUGUGCUGAAGAAGUUCACUUCAGACAGUGAGACCACUCGAUGGAGGUUCACCCGGGACUGGCUACUGGAUAUCUUCUGGCCCUUUGUGUGGAACGAGCUUGGGGUGAGCUAUAACUUGGAACAGCCUGAGGUGGAUGGGGACAUCCUGGCCACUGAGGGUGUCUGCAGGGACGUCAUCCAGGGCCUCCUUCUGCAGAGAAUUGAUGGUGAGUUGAAAAAGAUUCUUGGUGCCUGUAACAGAACCUGCACUCGGGCUGACUGCUCAGUAGCCCAGUGGAACCAGGAAGGAGUAGGUGAGUACCUCAGAGUUUCUGGGCCAUAGCAAGGAAUGGCUGUGGGGUUGCACAAGGUAUAUAGGAUGUGGCAAGGGUAGAGUGGAUGGGACAGGAUGAGCUUCAUCUCCUGAAGUAGCCAGGCUGGCCAAAGUCAUGGUGAAUAGGUGGAGAAGCCACAGGCUUGGCACACACAUGGUGAUAGGCUUGUGUCCCAGUUCCUGCCACCUAGACACAGUCGGGGGCUUGGCAGUUACUUUCUAUUUUCAACUCUGGGAGGGGAGAUGGUGAUGGUUGGCAAAGGCACUUUGAGGCAAGGUAACUUGGGCUCACUUGUUACACAGCCAUAGCUGACUCAGAUACUCUGACUUUGAUGUGGACCUAUUUGGUUUCCACAUGUGUUCACGUGAAGUCACAGAGAGACCCUUAUGUGGUCAGAUAAUUAACAUACAAGGGACUUGAGUAGACCUCCACCUGCCACAUACACCAGGGAUGGACCUGAGUCCAUCUUUUUGUGCACACACAGCCUUAUGGUUGAAUUCCCAUGGAACCUCAGGGUGUGGAGACGCAGGCUGGCAUUUCCACAGGACUCUGCAGAGUGUCUCCCGCCUGGCCAGUCCACUGUGUCACACAGCUUGUCAGUUUCUCCUGCUUUGUGAGCUCCAGCCUCCUUAUCUGUGGAUCCCCUAGGCCCUACCCCCAGCUUGUGACAUGUGACAUCUAGGUGACAGUUACCAUUUCCACAGAUGAGGGAGCUACAGCUCAGGUUUGAGAUGGAGAGACCUACUCUGGUGGCCAAAUUCAGCCACUCCAUCCACCAUUGCUUCCAAGAACACCGAAGCAGUCUUCACCCACACCCAUCCUGGGGGACAAUGGAUAAAGACCCAAGUGUGUGAGCUGCUUCUGGAUUUUUAACUGCUGCAAUUCAACAGAGAAUUAGACUAUAUAUGUUCCUGCUAGAAUUUGUACACUCAAGUUCUAGGCUACCGUAAUAAGACAUUGUAAAGAAAAACAACAACAACAACAACCAAAAAACCCCAACAAACCCCAAAACCUCUGUUGAUUUGACACAUGUAAUCCCAUUAAUUUUAAUUUUUAAACUUUUUUGCUUUAAAAAUCUAUACAAUUUUUAAAAUUUAUUUUAAAAUUUUU